UAGCAAGUACCAUGUUGAUAGAAAUAUCGGUAUUUGUAUGCGUCAGACACUAUGUUAUUCACCACUCUGCCAAUGUAACGGGCCUGGAGGAUGGCAUGCUGGGAUUGAUUUAUUUUGACUUUUCAAGACAACUGAAGAUACUAGGUUUAAUUUGUGCAAGUGUAGGCCGUCAUUUGUAAAUAAGAAUUUGUUCUUUACUGACUUUCCUAGUUAAAUAAAACAAAAUGUUGAAUUUACAUCCACUUGUGUAGAGGUCAAAUUAUCAUAUGGGGCCAGAAGACUAGUUGCUUAUUGUAGACAUGUUGUCAAAUUUGUUUUUCUAUAACUACUACAGUACAAGGUUGAUUUCAAACUAAUGGUUAUAAUUUAAAUUUUUGUAUCUCGAUACUGGCAAUUUUUCAAGCCUAUCAAUCCUUUAUGGCCCUCUUGGAGUUUAAUGUCACUGUCAGAGAACUCUGCUGUCCUAUUUUACAGUAAACAUUUUCACUUUACAAAAAAAACCCAGUAUGUUACAAACAAAUUCCAAUCCACUUCAGGCAAUUUGAAAAUCAUUCAUGGUAAUCAUGUUUUUGUUGUGAUUUGCCAUACACGAGGUAGCUGGGAGUUUACUUACCAUGGAAAAUGCUCAUCAUUUGCAGACUUCACCAUUUCAGAAGUGUGGCAACAAUGGGGUCAUAUUUGUGUCAGGUAGGCUGAUCUUCCAUGCCUUCAUCUCAACCGUGACUGACCCCUCUCCCUCAAUGUGUUAUCCUUAUAGUUAUCCUUAUAGCGAACAAGAUUUUCUCCUGUGAUCUUUGUGACUAUCAAACAAAUCAGCUCCAUCUGCAUACAAAUUCCACCCUUCAAUAUGAAAAUAUUUUUUUGCAUUACAGUGUGUGAUUCUUCGUUUUUGCCUGCAACUAACAUUUUGUUGGUUUGGUCUACAAAACGAUGCAUACUGCUCCUUGUCCUUCCAUCGUCCUGAAGCUCGAGCAACCUUCAGGUUCUCACCCAAUGCAAUGUGACACAAACUAUUUGCAUUGAGGAGGUAAAAGCGGGCAUUGUUAUUUGUAGCUGCUCAUAGCCUUUUACAGUUCCACAGCACCUGGUCCCAGUAGCCGAGUUCUAGUGUAUCACCCUCUUCCCCCCUUCUGCACACACACAAGUCACCCAGUGACUUUGUAUGUAAUGUGCAUUGCCGUGCUGGUGACUAUCAUGUGUUCUCCCUGCUCUAGCUGGAUGUUUGUCACUUUUAGGCUCCCGCCGCCCUGGUUGGCAGGCCGCUGUGGCUGGAGGCAAGUGUCCAACACUCGUCUCAGCACUGGAUGUAUGUACAAAGUGCUGUUUAGCCAUUAGCCAUUUUCAAUGUGUGUGUCUGCCAUUUUAUCUUGACUCAGCUGAAUUUUUCUGGUUAAUAUUACAAAAUGCUUGCAUCGGGAGUGGGAUCUCUUUUUCUGUUUAAGGCACUAUGUUAGAAUUGAUAAAGGUCCAAUUUCCACUUCUUGUUUCGCCUUUCUUGCAAAUGGCUCCAGCAAGUCUGUGUUCAUAUUUGUUUUAAUCAAAUCAAAUUUUAUUUGUCACAUACACAUGGUUAGCAGAUGUUAAUGCGAGUGUAGCGAAAUGCUUGUGCUUCUAGUUCCGACAAUGCAGUAAUAACCAACAAGUAAUCUAACUAACAAUUCCAAAACUACUGUCUUAUACACAGUGUAAGGGGAUAAAGAAUAUGUACAUAAGGAUAUAUGAAUGAGUGAUGGUACAGAGCAGCAUAGGCAAGAUACAGUAGAUGGUAUCGAGUACAGUAUAUACAUAUGAGAUGAGUAUGUAAACAAAGUGGCAUAGUUAAAGUGGCUAGUGAUACAUGUAUUACAUAAGGAUGCAGUCGAUGAUAUAGAGUACAGUAUAUACGUAUGCAUAUGAGAUGAAUAAUGUAGGGUAAGUAACAUUAUAUAAGGUAGCAUUGUUUAAAGUGGCUAGUGAUAUAUUUUUAGGGAUAUGUACUUAUGAUAAUGAUUUACAAAUACUGACAUUGGUCGGAAUAUGCUCUUGAUACUUUAACUAGGAUUUUUUUUAUUUUUAAUAAUCCUGGUUUGAAGUUGAUGUCACUCUGUUUUGUCUGUAAACAGAAAUGUAUUUUUGAAUCCCUUUGUCUUAACAGGCAUUUACUAAAAUGUCAUAUUGGAAGAUGUGCUCAAUGGAUGUUGGAUAAUCAACAAAGAUCCUAUCACUUCAGACGAAUGCCUUACUGGCAUUGUUCCUCUUUCUUUCUCUCUACUGUAGCACACAAACAAGCUUUGAGUUUGCUUCCCGUUCCAAGACUGGAGAGCUAAAGUGUUCUCCAAUCCCGAGAAUAAUGGUAGCAAACUCUACCAUCUUAUCAGUGUGGCGAUCUAAGUUGGAUGUUCCACUCAGCAGGCACCUUGCAGGUCUGUCUGAAAAGACCUGAAGGAGAGUUAAGAACAGAAGCAGUUUUUCAGUAACAUGCGGAAGCAAUGAGAAAAAGAGGAAGCCGUCCCAUAUAUAUGCCUGUGCGUCGCCGUAGGAAAGGUAGAGAAAAGGCUAACAUGUACUCCAAAGGCACCAAACGCAAGUUCUCUGAUGGUGUGGACAACAAGGCGGUGGCGGCAUCCUAUAGCCUGCAGCGCCAGUCCCUGCUGGACAUGUCCCUGCUCAAGCUGCAGCUGUGCCACAUGCUGGCGGAGCCCAACCUGUGUCGCUCGGUGCUCAUCGCCAACACGGUGCGCCAGAUCCAGGAGGAGAUGGCCCACGACGGCAGCUGGCAGGUGGUCACAGAGGCCUUAGGUGGCUCUGGCCAUGGCCCAUCUGACCGCUUGGUGGACACCGAGGCUCUGUGCCAGUCGCCGGAGCAGCAGGACGGUGGGCCUAGGCUAUACUCAGUGAUGGGCUACGAUGGCUGCCGUGAGGAGGAAGUGGUGACGGACAAGGCAAUGUGUUCUGUGGUGGUUGGCGACAGGGCCCCGGCCCUCCUGUUGGGGACCAUUGGCCACUGCUGGGACAGGGGGGAACUGAGAGUGGAGGAAGGGGUCAGCAAAGACUCAGGUACGGGGGACGAGGAGGCGACGAGGUCUGGGGAGGGGGCUAAAAUGGCAACGGGGCAGAUGUUUGGGACUUUCGAGAUCAAGAACGGUGCCCCGGCAGACCCGGCACUAGAGGAGCUGUUCUCUGACGUUGAUGCCUCGUAUUAUGACUUGGACACCAUGUUGACAGGCAUGCAGAGUGCCCCCAAGAUGGGGCCUUAUGACUUUCUGGACAGCUUGGCCUCCUCACACGGCUCUGUGUCCAACUCCAGCUGUAGAGCCGAUCUCAAUGAACUUGACCACAUAAUGGAGAUCAUUGUGGGCUCAUAGCUUACAGACUUAGAACUCGAAUACUGUUUCAUUGAUCUUGUGCCACUGCCUUUUUGUCUUGUAUGUGCGGACAUACAGUAUUUACACACGUUCCUCUGUAUGGAAACUGAGUGAAAUCCAUCUCCGUGCAAUGAAAUGUUCAUCUGAAAAGGUUCACGCUUUCUCAAGUUCACCAUCCUUUUUCUUAUGUAUACUUUCUUUAUGUUUGUAUUUGAGUGUGUUCUCUCUUCUGUUUUUUUAUGUCGUUUCUGGUUUAAUUUAUUGUACUUAUUACACUACAUCAAUUCAGAGCAGCACAACAUAUUUACAUGAAUUAUACACAUUUUCUUUAAAAAUAUAUAUAAGAAAAAUAUUGUUAAAACGUUUCUGUAAAAAUAUACACAUAUAUUUUUACUAAAGAGACAGUCUGGGAAUUGUUCUUUUUUUUUCUAUAUUUCUAUAUCCAGAACAAUUGCACAAAAGCUCUCAUUUACCUGUUGUCUUCCAAAGGUUUAACUUUGGUUGUGUCUUUGAGCUACAAGAGUAAAGAUGCAUUGUCGAAAACAUGAAUUGCAUUCAGUAUGCUCACAAUGUGAUGCACCCUUGUCUUGGUCUAUGGUUUGGUGCUACAGUAUAUGCACCAUGUACAGUAUUCCUUAUAAACACAUUGCCUUCUUGAGCCAUACAGUUUGUUUUUGCACCACGUCUAGCUUAACCUCACAGCCUAGCAUGUGGUGCCAUUUGUUUGCUAUUAGAAAUAACAUAUGUUCUUAUAUUUGUCUCAUUACAAAUGAAGAAUUGUAAUGGGUAUAUUUCUCAUUUUAUGUUAUGACUUUUAGCCUAUUUUAUUUAUUAAGUGUAAACAUAUGGUGGCGUUAAACCUUGGUAAUACUUAAGGUUGUAGAAGCUUUUCAGCUUUCUGACAUGAAUUGAUAUUUUGAAAUCAUAAUGAGUUUCCGGACUUUCAUGCAUACUUUUAGUGAAGUAAUUACUUUCUUAUUCAAAACAAACUGAGAACAUGUAAAGAAUUGUGCUAUUCAGCUGACCUAUUCCAACAAUUUUUUAUAUUUUUUAUUGCGUUCAAAGCCUGCACUCAGGCUCAAGUUAAUAUUGUGAGAAAACAACUGAUUGCUGAUUUAAACAGACAUGAGGUGGGAGAUCUCACAUUUCUUUUUGAUAAAUAAGUACUGUACAUUUGACAUUUGUGACCAUGAGCUAGAGUAAAUUUAGCUUUUUUAAAUACAAGUAAACUGUAGCAGUUUUUACAAUUUUUAAUAAAGGUUACAACAUUAUCGUAAUAUGAA